GUCACUCGAUCAAGAUGAACCGCCACGUCAUCCUACUGCUGGCGCUCCUGCUGGGGGCGUCCCUCGCACUCGCAAGGGCACAGACGACCAGCGCAAAGUCAGGAACGCAGACGAGGCACUUUGGUUUCGGUGGUUUGGGCGGUUAUGGCGGCUACGGCGGUUUUGGCGGUUUGGGCGGAUUUGGUGGUUACGGCGGUUAUGGCGGUUACGGCGGUUAUGGCGGUUAUGGCGGUUAUGGCCAUAGAUAUCCUUAUGGACAGUACUAUGGUUGAGAUUAUCCGGCCAAGAUGAUCGCUUCGGUGGAACUGAGUUCGGUUAUUGCCUAAUUGGUAUUUUUUUCACAUUCAUUGAAGGUCUUUCGUUUUCUUUUUCACCAUCUCUGUAAUCAAAAAGUUUUUUUUUCUCACUUUUUUAUCUAAGGCCUUUUAUUUUCAUUUCAUCUAAUUAAUCUGAUGUAUGGUUCGCAAUAAAUUUUGUCU